AUGGAAACGCAAUCUAAAGGCCACCUUUGUCAACGGUCACUCGAAUUGGAAGCUGUUGAGAUUCAAAGGCGAAAAGUUAUCGCGCGGGCUCUCGGCUUCAUUGCAAGAAUAUCUGAGUGCAUCGCUUCUGACAGUUUCCCCUUGUAUGCUCCAGUCUCGAUCUCUCUCCGUUAUACUGAUUAUCUCCUCCCAGUUCUGAUCUUGCCUUGCGAUCACAGCCUUUCGUUGCCCAACCUUUUUGCUCUGCCCCCUAUCUGCACAACCAGACUCAGCUACUCGCUCGUAACCACUCUGCAUAUGAAUAGAAGAUACUCCACUAUUGUUCUAGUAUCACAACACCAGUGCAAUCUCCAGCUAGUUAUCGCACCGUCUUUCGCCCACCACCAUGAUUCGCACAACUUGGCCACUUGCACUCCUUCGUGCGUCAGGUACAACAAGUACCAAGCUCGUGAAUUCGGUCUUCGCCAGCUCACAUAUAUCGAUCGUCUGAUAGGGUGCGCCCAGCGUGUGGUUGUUUGGCUACUAUCCUCUUCCACCGAAGCUCAGAGCUGCUCGAUAACCUUCUCGUCGACGACCCACUGCGGUCCUUGGCGAUCUCGAGUUAAACAAAGAUUAGAAUCAAUGCCUGUCGACCUGUGCCUCGCCCUGACCUCUGGCUACUCUUGA